AUGGCACAAACUGGCAACACUGUCUCUGAUAAUCAGCAGCUGGUCGCUCCUCGCUGACGGGAAUCAGUGAACGUCACCCAGCCGAAGUCUAGACGCGCUCCACGGUGCUUUCUAUACAGGUACAGCUUCAUCCCUGUUUUUUUUUUCAUAGUGGGGGUUCCAAUUAGAUUUGACCUGUUUUGGCGGUGAUGAGUACGUGAAAAUGGCCCACUGGCCGGGGACAGACGACGGCAUGUUGAUCUCGCCAACCCUUCUCCGGGAUCCCAGUGUGAAGGCUGGAGACGUCGACAUGGACAGCGGCGAAGGAGCUGCGGAGCUGUCCCUGGAGGAGAUCCUCGGGUUGUACAGCCAGCCCAUCAACGAGGAGCAGGCAUGGGCCGUCUGCUACCAGUGCUGCAGGACCCUGGCUCUCACACGGCGAGGGAGAAAGUCUGCCGAGGCGUCCUCGGGGAGAGAGGGGGAGAGACGGAUCGACGGACCUGGGGACGUACGGAUCCAGAGAGACGGGACUGUGAUACUGCAACACCAAGACACCUCAGAUCUAUAUACUUCAGCACAUACGUCGUUAGAGGUGAUCGAGUCGCUGGGACUCAUGAUCUAUAAGGCCCUGGACUACGGCCUGAAGGACAGCGAGGAGCGGGAGCUCAGCGCGCCACUGGAGCAGCUCAUCGACCUCAUGACCAAGGUCACGGACGCCGGGGACAGUGACCUCUGCCCCGAUGAAGGCUACGAGGCCACGGAGGAGGAGGAGGAGAGCGAGGCGGAUGAAGGCCUGGCAGCGCACGGCGUCGGUAGCGUCCGCGGCUACAGAGACAUCAUCGUGCUGUGUUCGUCCCACCUGCCCAGCCCGUCAGACGCCCCGGACCACUACCAGGCCGUCUGUCGGGCCCUUUACGCUGAGACCCGGGAGCUAGGUACCUUCCUGGAGAAGAUCAAGAAUGCUAAGGAGAACCUUCGCAAGAUGGGGGGCGAAAGAUGGGAGGAGCCUGUUAAAGAGCUCGACGACUUGCAGAAUGCUGAUUGGAUGAUGAUGAUGAAGACCGGUGGGUUCCCGUCUCCUAUUGGCUCCCAGGCCCGCUUCUGGGUGCAGGUGAUGCGGGACCUGCGGAACGGCGUGAAGCUGAAGAAGGUUCAGGAGCGGCAGUACAACCCGCUGCCCAUCGAGUUCCAGCUGACGCCCUACGAGAUGCUCAUGGACGACAUCCGCUCCAAGCGCUACACGCUGCGCAAAGUCUUGGUGAAUGGAGACAUCCCUCCGAGGUUAAAGAAGAGCGCCCAUGAUGUCAUCCUGGACUUCAUUCGCUCCAGACCUCCUCUCAACCCUGCCGCUGCCCGCAAACUGAAGCCCCACCCCCCUCAACCGAGCAGCCUCCACGAGCGCCUGCUGGCGGGCAUCAAGGCGGAGAGGAAGCUGAGGCCGGUGUCUCCGGACAUGGUCCGUCGACACCGCCUGGUUGCAAGACCGCUUUGUGUGUCUUGCAGUUUUGACUCAUCAGGGGCUGGGAAGAGCAUCAGCACGCCGCAAGACCUGUGCCGCGGCUCAGAUACACCUGACGCCCCCAGGAAGUUGGCGGGCAGCACACACUCACUAGCCAAUGGGCUGGCGGGGUCUGGUGGGGGCGGGGCCGCGGCGCAGAGCCAGAGGAAGCGGCUGCUCCACGCGCCCACGCUGGCCGAGCUGGACAGCUCAGAGUCCGACGAGGACGCCACGCAAAGCAGCUCUAGACGGCCCACUUCUAUGGCUUCCGAGUCUCACCCUGGGAGGAAGAAGGUGCCACCAAACUUCCUGCCUAUAUCGUCCAUCAAUACACCCGGCCAACAGCAGUCCUCUCCCCGCCGCCACUCCAUGGAGAAGCCGUCCCCGACCGCCGCGGGGCCCUUCCUGCCGCUCUGCAGACAGAGCUCUAAGUCCUUGCUUAAGGUGGAUCCCAGCGCCAAGGUGGCUGUGACCGGUGGUGCGCAGGGUGGGGAGGAGUUUGGCUUCCCGGUGGAGUGUCUGGCCCUCACCGUGGAGGAGGUGAUGCACAUCAGACAGGUGCUGGUCAAGGCUGAGCUGGAGAAGUUCCAGCAGUACAAGGAGAUCUACACGGCGCUGAAGAAGGGAAAGCUUUGCUUCUCGUGUCGGACCAAGAGGUUCUCCUUGUUCACCUGGUCCUACAACUGCCAAUUUUGCAAACGGACGGUGUGCUCCCAGUGCUGUAGAAAGAUGCGUUUGCCGUCCAAGCCCUACUGCACCCUCCCCAUCUACUCGCUGGGUCCUAGUGCCAUGUCCAAGGAGGACGCCAGUGGAGCCGCACCCUCCUCCUCCUCCCAGUCAGACAGAACGCCCUUUGGGUCCGGACACAACCGCCACAGUCUCCGCAGGACCGUGUCCAAGCUGUCCAAGCAGAGCAGCAGGGAGGGGCGGUCGCUGGAGGAGCCGGAGCUCCCCAGGGAGCUGACGGAGGACUGGGCCACCAUGGAGGUGUGCGUGGACUGCAAGAAGUUCAUCACGGAGAUCAUCUCCUCCAGCCGGCGCAGCCUUUCGGUGGCCACCAAGCGCGCCCGUCUCAACCGCAAGACGCAGUCCUUCUACCUCUCCUCGGCCAAGUCCACGGACUUCAGGCCCGCCGAGCGCACCAUCAACGAGGUCUAGGCCUGGCUCCUCUCCCCUGUCGCCCUUCAUUUGUAAUCCUUUCCCUGGAGACACGAGCCUCAGAAGACCUUCACUGGGAUUGGAGUGUUUCAAGAACCAGGAAAGAGAGAAGAGCGCCCUCUCCCUGUCCCCCCCCUCUCAGGACUAGUGGACCCCCGGUGGUGGACGGACGUCGAGACGUGAGGCACUGUUUUCAGACUGGAAAUAUUCAGGAGCUGUUGUUGCCCGGUGACCGUGGUUGGUUUACUUGUUUGUCUCUCGACUCGCCUCAAAAUACAUAACCCAAUGAACUGAACUUAGUUCAGUUCAUUCAUCUUUCAGUCACGCUUUAGGGAUGAUUAAAACAUCUGUAUGAAGGCCCAAGAUGUCCGCUGUAUAUAGUUUCUUAAAUUAACUGCGAGCUCUCAGGAAAAUCAAUCAAUAGAUACAAAAUGCACUCUAUUUCCUCUGGUUAGGUCCUGUCUCCCCCCGGACCCCUCUAUUUUUCCAAUAUCAUACCAAAUAUUGAAGUUUUUUUUUAAAUUUAUUGUUUUUGCUCUUAUAGCUCUCGACACCAGCCCUUGUAAGAAAAGGUGGACGUCAUAUGCUCUGAGGUUGGAUGUUUAAACACCGAUAAUGUACAUUUAAAUGAAGUGCCAAACCGACUUUAUCUUGUAUGUAAUUUGUAAUUACGGAUCUAUUGUAAAUAGUUUAAAGGUUGGGGACGGUGAGGAGGGGGUUCUGCGGUGUGAGGGGGCAUCUCCUCCACGCGGGGCAAUAAGAGUGCUGCAGAGUGAGGACAUACAGGUGUACAUAUGAAACAUGUAUAGAAGCAUUUUGACAAACCCGUUAGGAGCCUUGCCUGAUUAAUUUAAGUUGAUGCAAUGAAAGUAUAAAUCUGCCAUGUAAAGUCUAGUUCCUGGCUGGCACUUGAAAGGUUGAGGGAUUGCGGGCUUCGUAAGACCAUUGUAAACAGAGUUUUUUGAUGACUGGAGUUGGACUUGGGAAUGUUAUACAUGUUGUAUAAUGUAUCCCAAGUAAUGGUUUUAAAUCCUGAUGUGUUCUUUGUGUAGUUUGUUUCAACCAAUAGUAUUAUUUUUGUCAAUGUUUUUUCUAUGUUGUUUGAACUUAAAGCUAUAAUUUAAUUGGCCCUUUUUACUUGACCAUUUUGUCGUUUCAUGCGCAAUAUCUUAAUACAUAUUUUAUGUUUAUUUUCUUCUCUUGAAAUCCACAGUGCCAUUUCUGAAUGUAGAAUUUAAUUUAACUGACUCAAGUCGGCAAUGGAAAUAAAUCAGCAUAUCGAAUCCCCUUUACUAUUUUCAUACACUUUGAAAGUCAUUUUAUUGAUGGAAUUAAUUUUGUUAUGUGACCUUUUGUUCCCGGAUUAGACCAUACUAAUCAGCCUGUUGACAAGAUGCUGCUGCUUCCAUUAAUUAUUUAAUUUAUCAACCGCCUGCAGGGAAUGGUGUGCAUGCAGAAUGUUUCUUAAUGAAUUUAAUUGUAAUAAAAAUCAUUUCGAUUUACACAA